AGCUGCGCUGGCCAGGGGUUCCGGCUGUAUUUCUAUGAGCGCAGCCGGCAGCCGCGGAGCUGCGGGACCCGGACUCCCGGCGAGCUGGACCGCUGGAGUCAACGAGCGCAGCACACAGGGCCAAGGCGGCUGCCCACCUCGAAACCCAAUGGAACACUCUGGCAAGGAAACUCCGCUUAAGGAUCACAGUAGUGGUACUUCAGGCUAAUUCUUUCCCACCGGCUCGAUCUGUUUGCAAGGUGCCCACUCUGUGCUCAACACAUCUAUGUAGAAUGUCAAUAGGAAGAUUUUGUUAGAAAGGCAUUGGCUGGGAUCGCCAGUAUGGAGAGGAACGAGAAGCAACUCGUCAUUCUUAUGAAGAGAUGAGACUCGCAGAUUUUCUGGUCACGAGCAGUGAAGCUGAGCCUGGGGGCCUGAUGGGCCCAGGUGGCCCGUGCCGUGGCGGGGACAGCGCUCUGCAGUUCCUGCUUCACCUCACCCUGGCCUCUGCGGCUGAUUUGUCUUGGGACAGGAAGAGCUCGUACGGAUGUGAAGUAGAUAGAGCAGGGCUGCUGUGAAGGCUGGUUAAUUUGAAUACAAGAUCAGAUCUGAUUGGCCCAACUGUUCAACUCUUCAAGGAAAACCCACAUUCUCUGUGAGAGGAACAACCACAUAGAUCAAGAUGAAUGCCAUGCUGGAGACCCCCGAGCUCCCCGCCGUGUUUGAUGGGGUGAAGCUGGCCGCAGUAGCUGCCGUUCUCUACGUUAUCGUGCGGUGUUUGAACCUGAAGAGCCCCACUGCCCCUCCCGACCUCUACUUCCAGGACUCUGGUCUCUCACGCUUCCUGCUCAAAUCCUGUCCUCUUCUGACCAAAGAAUACAUUCCACCGCUGAUCUGGGGGAAGAGCGGACAUAUCCAGACAGCCUUGUAUGGGAAGAUGGGAAGGGUGAGGUCCCCACACCCUUACGGGCACCGCAAGUUCAUCACCAUGGCAGACGGAGCCACCUCCACAUUCGAUCUCUUCGAGCCCUUGGCUGAGCACUGUGUUGGAGAUGACAUCACCAUGGUCAUCUGCCCUGGAAUUGCCAAUCACAGCGAGAAGCAGUAUAUCCGAACCUUCGUUGACUAUGCCCAGAAAAAUGGCUACCGGUGUGCAGUGCUAAACCACCUGGGAGCCCUGCCCAACAUUGAGCUGACCUCCCCUCGAAUGUUCACCUAUGGCUGCACGUGGGAAUUUGGAGCCAUGGUGAACUACAUCAAGAAGACAUAUCCCCAGACCCAGCUGGUCGUCGUGGGCUUCAGCCUGGGUGGUAACAUCGUGUGCAAAUACCUGGGGGAGAAGCAGGCAAACCAGGAAAAGGUCCUGUGCUGUGUCAGCGUGUGCCAGGGGUACAGUGCGCUGAGGGCCCAGGAGACCUUCAUGCAGUGGGACCAGUGUCGCCGAUUCUACAACUUCCUCAUGGCCGACAACAUGAAGAAGAUCAUCCUGUCUCACAGACAAGCUCUUUUUGGAGACCACGUUAAGAAACCCCAGAGCCUGGAGGACACAGACUUGAGCCGGCUGUACACAGCGACAUCCCUGAUGCAGAUUGAUGACAAUGUGAUGAGAAAGUUCCAUGGCUAUAACUCCCUGAAGGAAUAUUAUGAGGAAGAAAGCUGCAUGAGAUACCUGCACAGGAUAUACGUGCCUCUUAUGCUGGUGAAUGCAGCUGACGACCCCUUGGUGCACGAAAGCCUUCUAACCAUUCCAAAGUCUCUCUCAGAGAAACGGGAGAAUGUCAUGUUUGUGCUGCCUCUGCACGGGGGCCACCUGGGCUUCUUCGAGGGCUCCGUGCUGUUCCCUGAGCCACUGACGUGGAUGGAUAAGCUCGUGGUGGAGUAUGCCAAUGCCAUUUGCCAAUGGGAAAGGAAUAAGUCCCAGUGCUCAGACACCGAGCAGGUGGAGGCGGAGUUAGAAUGAGGCCUCUGGACUCUGGCGUGUUCCCGCAGCCCUCCUCUGGAACCCACGGCUGUUUCAGGUCUCCCCUCUCCCCCAGUGACCUGGAUCUGACCUCAUACCAUCAGUGGGGGCCACCCAUCAUGCACCCUGUCUCAAGUAGGCAGCUCUCCCUGGGAGCUCCAGGCUAUUUUUGUGCUUAGUUACGGGUUUUCUCCAUUACAUUGUUAGCCAUGGUGACAAGCUACAAGAUUCUCACCUUUCUGUCCAGUUUCAGUAUCUGAUUGCUUUCACGCCAGUUACAUCUAAUUUUCCUACUAAGGAGCGCAUCCGAACUGCAGUUUCCCUUUGCCAAUCAAAGGCCUUUCCCUGAGAACCGUGAAGGAUGUGUGUGUCACUUUGUGACAGUUGUGUGUGCCCUCGUAGAGUCUCCAACAAGAAGUCAGCAUCCCUGACCAAUGCUGAAGAAAUGACUCAGCUUUGGGAGCCUGAGAGCCUGGGGCCUCCUGGGCCUGAGUUUUGCCUCCAAAACAAAAGAGAUUCCCUGAGUCUAAAGCCAAUUCCUUCUCACCAUCUCCCAAGACACCUUCCUCCCACCUUGCUGCUGCUGAGAGUUGCAUGGGGCAUUUGUCUAAAAAUUCAGCCUCCCAGAUCCCUCCCCUUGGAGACGCUGACUCGGUGGGUUUGGGAAGGGGCCUGGGGAUUUUAAUUUUUGACAAGUGCCCCAGGGAAUUCUCAUCACCCAGCAAACUGAGGGAAACACCAUACUACAGCGCCUUUAAAUUAGAAACAUCUUGGUGGCUCAUUUAAUUGACACUCAUAAGACACAGUGUCUCUUUGCUCUCAGAGACCUCCAAAGCAGCAGGGCCUGUUGUAUGACUGCCUUUGUGUGAUAUCAGUGUGGUGUCCCUAAGAGGGGGAAGGCGUUUGGGCUUAGCCCUAGCUCUGUUUCUCCCCGGAUGUAUGACCCUGGACAAGUCCCUUUGGACUUGACUCUCUUCCCUUACCAGGUAGACUGCCGAGAUGACCACCAGUUUAAAGUUCAGUGACAAACUCAGUGUACUGAGGUCUGAGAGAACAUCCCUCUGAGGGAGCCUGGGAGUCUGUCUUCCCGGGCUGAGCAUGCAAACCAGGCCUUGCAAUGUUCCCCUUCCCCAUUUAAUAUAAAGAGAUUUCAGAGUCUUAAUCACUCGCUCGUCAUUUUAGUUUCUCAGCCCAGGGUCCGCCUAACUCUGGGUUUUGAUACCAAAUGACUCAAAAGUUGGAUCUGAGUUUGAAGAAAUGUAUGUCCACCUGAGAGGAGAGGCUGCUCUUUUGAAGCCGGUUUGUAACUAAAUAACCUCCGGGUUGUCUGUUGGGUAGAUAUUUCCAAAAUGUCUUCUUGAGUGGACAUGCCACUCUAGCUUCAAGUACUCUUCUGGAAUCCAUGUGGUACUUGAAUCUCUAAGAACCUGCACUUUGAAAAAUCAGCAGUUGCUCUCGAAUUAAAUGAAACUGUGGGUGAAUUGCCUGGAUACUGUUUAAAAAAACAAAAUUGUUUUCUCUGCUUCAUCUCCUUUGGCUCCAGGACAGACUGAAGUAUAGUAGUGAGUCUGUACGGAUAUUUAAGGAGCCACCUGUGUACCCGAAUGCCAAUCCUCAGGGCCCCGGGCGGAAUAGAGAGUGUGGGCAUUGGCCCAAGAGACUGUAACAGGAACGUCUGUGGAUUGAAGAACUGUUUUCUGACAAUCACUAGAUCAUCCCAUAACACUGUACGUGGACAUUCUCCCGGAAGACUGAGCUGUCUGGGUCUCCAGCUUGCUUUGCUAUAAUUUCUUCACAUUCACCAAAUUAUGUCACUGUGCCCCUCCAAUGGUUGUCACUUUCUCUGUUGCAUGUCUUUUUUUUUUUUUUAUGUUCUCUUAGCACAAAUUGGCACUUUAUUAUCCAUUCCUCAAUUUGGAAACUAAUCCUCACUGUCAGUUUCCCUCCACCCAACCGCAGCUAUUAGAAGACUCACAUAGUUCCUGUUGCUGCCUUUAGCCCUGAAGACAAAUUUUAAAGAAAGCAAUAAGGGGAUAGAGUUGAGUCAUGGUCCCCAGAAGUAAGCGCCUCUCUUCGUUUGCCUGAGGUCAUCUCUUUCCAAGUCCUGACAAAGCAGUAGCUUGGGUGCCACCUGCUUCAGAGAAAAGUCGCCCUAUUGUCACACUUGGGAGGAAGUGGGAGACUGUCCUGUCUUUACAGCAGUCCUGGAGACUCACCCAGGAGAGGCAGAGCUGGGCCACAGCCUUUGUUGCCACACUGCUGGUACUCCAGCCCCCAGGACUGGGGGAGGGGACAUGUGCCAGCUGAAACCUCCUUGGUGUGUGGCUCUGAAUGGCACUGGUGUCCCAUUUUGCUUCACAUGAAAUCAACUGAAGCUCUUUAUUCAAGCUUUGGGCUCUCAGACAUGGAAAUGAGACCGUGACCAUGGCAGUCUGACAGGAAAAUGCUUGUUUGACCCUGAGUGAGAGCACAGAGGCCUGAGUGUGAGGAGCUUGUCUAAUGAACGAGGGAACAGCCCUCUAUGUAGGUCAGCCUCUUUCUUUCCUCUGGGCUCCCUUGCUUUCUUCCCAAAGUCGUCCGUUUCCGAUAAUGAUGUGAACUGUCUGCUGGCUAUCAAGGACUUACUCAGAACCAAAGGCCAAAUUUUUAGAGAACAUUUGAAUAUUCUAAAGAUCAAGGACAUAAAUUAUAUGGAUCUAGACCAUUCUAUAGCACUAUAGCAGGGAUAGCAUUAAAACCCAAGUGAGGAAAGCAUCCACAUUACUCUAGCUGUGUCUCCUGCCUCUCACAUAAUUGGAAGACAUUAUCUUUGGUCAACUUAGAGUAACCUAGCUUGAAAAAGAGAUAAUCAAGACUGGGUAGUUAGCAGACAGUUUUCCCAGACUACGAUGACUGCAUCAUCCAUUCCUGAGCUGAAUGAAGGUGACAAGUUUGUUGUGUUGUCCAUAUUCUUUUCAUUUCUGUGGCAUCUUACAGUUGCAGGGAACCUGAAGUGUUCUUGAAAGGGAAGUCUUCCUUUAUCCCCAUGGUGUUUCAUACCCAGGGUCAGGAGGCCUGUGUGUGUGCCCCCCCACACCUCCCACACCCCCGCUCUAACUCACUUUGGACCUGAGCAAGUCACUGCACCUUUCUGAACCUGUUACCUCAUUCUACAUCAUCUCUGAGACUGUUUCGUCCAUUUACGGAUCAUUUUCUCAGUCAUUGCCAAGUAAAAACAGGUGAAUCGAGACCCAUCAGUUCAUCUUGAGAGGACUCGGAGAGAAGGCGCGUGCGCGGUCAGCUUUUCCUAGUUAGGACUCUGGAUGGAAUCCAAAGCCAUCUUUGGCCUCUCUUUCUUGUCUUCACCACUAAGACAGUUUCCUCGAUAUUCUGAGCAUAGUCCCGUGACUGUGGCAGGUGAGGGCCACCGGUAAUAAGUAAAGUACCUCCGUCCUUCAGUGUGACCAGGCAAAGCAUGGACCGUUGCCAGGACAGAGUCCUUCCUGUACAGGCUCAUUCUGAACCCAGGCUGUACUCCGUGGCUGAGCCUUCUGGGUAGCUGAGCUUAUAUGGCUGGCAUCCGGAUGAGAGCUCUCUUUGUAAGUGGCUGACUUGAGAGAGAGUUUGCCAGCUCCGGGGAUACAGUACAUGUGUUCUUGUUUGUGUUUGCCCCGGAAGCAGGUGUCAGAGAUGUGAGAGGCUUUUCUUUUCCCGUGGCCUUGAUUCUGGCUUAGAGUGACAUUUUUAAAAGAAGAAGAAAAAGGAAAAACAAAAACAAAAAUAUGUGGAGUUGGAGGAAGUCCUGGGGCUUCCUCCUUGAGACACACAGGAAAGUCGUUAGGAAGCAUGUCACUUCAGCGUCCUGUCACGGUGUUUCAUCUGGAAUUGUUUUCCUUACCCAGAAAGCCUUAACUUGCCUCUAGAAAAUCCCCUGGUAUGACAACAUUGUGGCGUAAGAAUUCAAACUCUUCUUACUCUGAAAGUUUGAGGCAAAGCCACAGCCAAACCAGAGAAUUUCCUCAGGUGGCCUGGAGGCUCCUGUGACGUCACCCCCACCUCUCCCCUCCAACAACGUGAGUGGUGUGGAACAACCCUGUCACCUGUCCUCUUUGCCUUACUCCUCUCAAAGCCACUUUGGAUCACCCAGAUGCAUCCAGAAGGGGCCUGCUCAGCACCCAGACACCAAGCAGUUGAGGGCCAGGUUUCUUCCACCUGGUAUCUAAGCAAAGGACAGUAUCCCCUCUUCAUAUACUAGGGUGUUUUUUCCUAAACUAUAUUAACAGCUAAGGACACAGGAACAGGCCCCUGCCGACUAACAGAACGGCAUUGAGAGCAAAGGCUGCCCCGCCAGCCUGUCUCUGCUGCCUCCUGGUGCUUUGCUACAGCCCAGCAUCCUCUGGUAGUGGUCCUUAGAGACAGGCCACACAGUCCAGCUCGCCAACAGUCCCCAGACACCCAGAACAUAGACAGCUGUCCCUUUUGGAAAAGUCCGUCCUCCGUGUUUUCCAAACUGUCUUCCUAGCAUGUGUGUAGUUAGAGCUUUCACCGAUGCCUAAUAAAGAAGCUGAAAUUAAUUUCUAAUUGGUAGGUUAAAUCUGGCACCCUGAGUCUCGUGAAAGUCCUCAGCCUUUAACUAGACUCCUGUCAGUUAGUAACAAAUUCCAUAGCCUUCUGUCUCCCCAUUCUGGUCCCCUUUAGGCAAGUAAUCUUCUAUUGUCAUAAGCUGGGGACAGGCCACUUCUGGCGCCUGCAGAAGUACCCUUCACCUCUGGGCAUUCUACCCCCAGACCACACACACAGCAGGCAACAUCACCUAAAAGAAAAAGAAAUUGCCAACCUCCUUGGUCCUCCGGGGCCAACCACUGUUCUCCCAGGUUGCUCUCACGAGGGAACCCAGUUCCUGGCUAGACUCACUUUGGUCUUCAUUUUGGCCUCUUUAGUUUUCCUAAAGCACAAGGCUGUGUAGAAUCCUGUCACCUCCCCAUCCCCACACCCAUUCCAGGUGACCUGGGUCUCUCCUGCAGCCUCAGGCUCAGGUCACUGGACCUGGGCUUGCAACUUCCCCACUGCCUCUGCCUUAGUGACCCGGGGCUAGGGUGGGGGAGGGGCCAGCUCGCCUCCCUCCUUUUCCUAGGUAAACUCCAGCCAACCACAGUCUUAAGCUGGCACAUCUGCUUCCAGAUUGAUUUUCAAGAACCAUCACUCUCACAUUCCUGAUUCUAGUUCACUUUGCUUUGCCCUCUCUGGGUUUUACGGAACUCCAGAUGCUGCCCCGGAAAUACUGUAUCUCGGAGUCCGAGCUCUGAAAGCCCCUGCCUGUGCCGCUGUGUCCUUCGACUCCUCCAGCAAGGCGUUUCGGACCUGCAAUUAGCAAUGCAACUUUUUCUAACCACGACGAUAUUCACCUUUAUUAAGAAAUUAUAGUACACAAUGGCGUCCUUGAUUGUUUUAUGUUCUCACAUUACUUUUGAUCCUACUUUGAUUCUGUGUGGUGGUGAACAAAGAUCAUUACAAACAAAAGCUGUAAUUUUGUUAUCUUUGAUUCAAUGGGAUUUCUUUACUUAAAAAAAAUAAAAGACUUAAAAAUGUA